UUGUAGCUGUGACACCAGCAUGUGGAUUUGUUCAACCUGGAUGGGCAUUGCUUAUUGCUUUUAUUCCAACAGUUAUCAUCUAUUUUCUUCUAUUAAACAAGCGUUACAUGCAUUUUGAUGAUGCAUUAGAUGUUGCUAUUGUCCAUGGAUGUGGAGGUAUAAUAGGUGCAUUUUUGACUGGUUUAUUUGCUGAAAAAUGGGUUAAUCCAGUAAACGGUACUGAUGGCGCUUUUUAUGGACGACCAAUUCAAUUAUGGUAUCAAAUUGCUGGCAUUCUUACUGCUAUUGGUUUUGCUGCUGCAUGUACAGCUGGUAUUCUUUUUCCGUUGGAUUUUCUCAUAGGUAUUCGUUUGGCCAAAGAAGAUGAACUUGAAGGACUUGAUAUAACAGCACAUGGUGAAAGUUGGGAAGUAGCUGCAUCACGAGCAAUUGGUGAUCUCGUCCAAACAGUAUUAGAAGAACAAGAAAGUAUGAAAGCAAAUGGUAAAGACACUGGAACUUUUGAAUUACGUUAUAGUCCCAAGAAUCCAAAUAGAACGGGAUUUAAAAUCGAUCUUUUGAAACAAAAAGAACCAGACAAUGCUUCAGAUGAUUUUGAUCUUGAAAAUAAUGAUCAACUGCAGCAUAUCUCUAAGAAAACAAUUUUUGAUGACGAAAAAAUUAAAAUACAAUCAAUUAAGGCACAUAUCUUACGGUUUUAA